GCCAACAUCAAGGAAAUGAAGGGGACGAUCGAUCCGCCGAGCCAGAUCACUGCUUUCUGGGCGCCGUUCCUUCUCCUCCACUUGGGUGGGCCCGACACAAUCACUGCGUAUGCCCUGGAGGACAAUGAGCUAUGGUUGAGGCAUUUGGCACGGCUUUGCAUCCAGAGAGGACAUUGUGUUUGUACUUGGCAAGCGAAGGUCGACUUCGAGAUUCGAUGCUUUCGCUUCCCGAUUUUGGUCCCAUAUACCCCAGGAUAAUGGAGCAGUACACUCUGAAGAAAGAGGAGGGUUACCGAGUUGGCAUUGACGAGGUCACGGAGGUUCCGGCUCCGGAGGAUUUCUCAGUGCAAUGCAGUCAAGCCAGCGAUGAAGAGCAAGCCACGACUCUGGUCAAAGCCUAUGAGUUGUUCAAGGUCUUCAAGCUUCUCUUUGUGGGCCUUAUCCUCAACUCUGGCGACCUGGAGGCCAGUAAGCGCAUGUUCAUGAACCCUGAUGCAAUGAACUCGGUGACGGCUUUUGGGAUUGUGGAGAUCGAGCUUGGUUUCAUGUACGAUCUGCUCUACACCAAGGCACUGUUGCUGAAUCGUGCUUGGGGCAUCAUUCGUUGGGUCAUUAAUCUGUCGGUGCCGUCUGCCGUGUUGGUAUUCUUCUCCUUACAGGAUAGGAAGGAUUACCCCAAAGUUGACAUCUGUAUCACCUUCUUGCUGAUAAGUGUGUCUAUACUUUUAGAGAUUUACUCGGUUCUUCUUGCAAUUUCAUCCGAUUGGGUUGGGCACUGGCGGCUUCAGAGACCUGGGAGAUCCACAAUUUCAUCUGCCGUGGCUUUUCUCCAGAUCUGCCCGAACCCAAGAUGGUCGAAUUCGGUGGCCCAGUUCAGCCUCUUGGGAUUAUCUAUCAGGAAAAGAAACAGGAUCUUCAGCAAGUAUCGGAGGUUCGCCAAGUUAGACAAUAAGUUGGUGAAGAACUUCUACAUCGGCUACAAAGAUUUCAAGAGCAACAUGAAAGAAUGGAUCUUAAGUCACACGAGGGAUACAGUCAAUUAUCUGGAACAGAACGACAGAUUCAAGAGCGGGUUGACGAGUCUUAAGCUGGAGGCUAGCGUAGUACUGAAGCGGUCAAACCACGAUCACCUGAACUGGAGUGUGAAAGAUAUGGAGUUCGACCAGAGCAUCCUCAUCUGGCACAUAGCCACUGAGCUCUGCCACUACAAGGACCAUGGCAAUAGGCAGGGCCAAAAAGCGGAAGACGUCACGAACUUCAAGAUGAGUAAGUUGAUCUCUCGAUACAUGCUCUAUCUUUUAGUACUCCAUCCUUCCAUGUUGCCAACGGGGAUAGGGGCGCUCCGAUAUGAAGAUACUUUGGUCGACGCUGAGAAGUUCUUUGAGGACAAGCUAGCGGUGUCGUCAAAGAAAGAAACCAGCAUCAUGAAGCGGGCACAGAAAUUAUUCAAGAAAGAGAAACGCGUCGACACUGGUGUUCAUAGCUGCGAAAAGGAGCACAAGUCGACAGAGUCGUCCGAUCUAUGCAAACUCUGCCAUCUUCUGCUCCGAGUGGGAACUAAGCUGCCCGCUAAGAAAAUACGCGGCGGCAAAAGCAGGUCGGUGCUGUUCGACGCGUGCUAUCUCGCGUUCCAGUUGAAUUCCAUCGGGCCGAAUGACUUCAGCACUAAAUGGGGCUUGAUCGGCAAGGUCUGGGCGAAGUUUCUGAUAUACGCGGCCUGCCAAAGCAAAGGCUACGAACACUCCGAGAGCCUGAGCAGAGGAGGAGAGCUUCUCAGCCAUGUUUGGCUUCUAAUGGCGCAUCUCGGCGUAGCGGACCUGGUACAAACUUCCGAAGUGCAAUGCAUUACCAAACUGAUCGUGACCUAGAACUUUCAGGUGGAAUGCGUCUUUUGCUUGACCUGCUGUUACUUGCGCAAGGUGAAUAAGUUAAAAGCUCAUCGUCCUGAGAUGGUGAGGAAGUUAUUUCAACAUUUGUUGUACUUGUGGAGUCCGGAAAUAAUGAAACCGUGACUCCGUUUGUUUCGCGAAA